AACUUGUUGUAAUUAAGUUUCCCUGUAAUAUCCCAAUGAAUACCUGUAAAAACUACAGUAUCCUUGGAUUUUACAGCAUUUAACACUUAUUUUACAGUAAAAUAUUGCAAUCUAAAACCUGCUGUUAUAUCACAACAAGGUCUGUAAUAUCACAUCAACACAGUGAAAAAAAUUAAGGAUUUCACAACAUUAAACAGUAUUAAUACAGUGAAAUAUUGUAUUGAAAUGUGCCCUGGGAAGUCACAUGACAUAACCGAUCUGUUUUGAAUUGAAGGCGCCAUCGUGUCCCCUCUUUUAUUCCGGGCUGAAUGGAGAAGGUCAUCAGAGGGCGAGGCUAACCAUCCUUUUCAGUGUCAGGCUAAGAGUGAGGAGAAAUAGAUUAGGUACAGUAGGUGACUAGUUAACAUGCACCACAAUGUUCAACUGUAAAUUCGUUGGCUGUAAGCAUGUGUCUGAGAAUGUGUGUAACUAUGUUCAGCACACAAAACUGCAUAGCAAUGCCCCCAAUUAUCACUACCAGUGUGGGGUGCCUGACUGUUCACAGAGGUACAGAAAACACACGGGACUGCAAAUUCAUAUGUAUAGGCAGCAUAGGUCCUACCUGCAAGCUGCUGGGCCUAUACUGCCUGGUACAUCAGCUCUACCACCUGACACAUCAGCUCUACCACCUGACACACCCUUGAAAUGUCUGCUUGAGGCUUGUGCAUUUAAGUGUGACACUUUGGCCUCUCUUAUUAAGCAUUUGAAGAUGCACAUGAGGGAAGGAAUGGUAACUACAUGUCCAUUUAGAGGUUGUGAUUGCACGUUCACACACGUGAUGACUUUUGCUUCACAUAUUUCCAGAAAACAUAGGUGUGCAGAGGAUUCAAUUUUAGAUAACCUUGUUUUAGACAAGUCUAUUGCUACAGAGCCGUUGACAGGACCCAGUCAGUCAUAUUCAGAGGCUGACAUGGAACAUAAUGAACCACAAAUGCCAUUAGCUGUCGACGAAAACCUAUUUUUACAGAACCUUACACUUUUUUACCUGAAAUUGCAAUCUAAGCUACUCUUACCAGCAAGCACCAUUCAAACCAUUAUUGAUGGCUUUCAAAGUGCUCAUGAACUUGGCCUGUCCAAUUCCCUAAACAUUCUGAGUGAGAAACUAAAAGAACUCAGAAUCCCUCAGGCCACUAUAAGCAGCAUCACUGAGGAAAUGAACAGAGAUGAUCUACUCACACUCUAUAACAGGGGAAUGCUCAGUACAGAUGCAAAAAGGAAGGCUGCUUUCAAAGAGUGUUUUAACUAUGUUCAUCCUGUUCCUUUGCUCUUGGGCAUUGAUGAAAAUGACAAAGAAUGUUUUGCUCAGUAUGUUCCUAUUCAUGAGACAUUGGAGACACUUUUCAAAAAUGAGUCUCUACGCGAACAGUAUACCAUAACACGUUUGCAGCCAUCUACUGAUGCUGUCUAUCAGGAUGUCAAGGAUGGAGAAGGCUUUCAAAGUAAUCCAAUGUUGAAAGCUGACCCUUCUUCACUUGGUUUAAUACUGUACCAAGAUGCCUUUGAGGUUGUCAACCCCCUGGGCUCAGGGAAAAAAAAAAACACAAGGUUUUAGCAGUUUACCUAACUCUUACUGAUAUCUUGCCUCACAAUAGAUCUUCUAUUGAUCAGAUGCAACUUGUUCUCUUAUGUAGGGAACAGGACUUUAAGUAUUUUGGGGUAAAUAAAGUUUUUGCUCCCCUGAUUGAGGACCUCAAAAUUCUGGAGCAGAGAGGUGUAGUCACAUCUGAUGGCAUUAUACUAAAGGGCUAUUUGGUUGCCAUUGCAGGAGACAACCUGGGAUCCCAUUCUAUUGGGGGAUUCUUGGAGAACUUCAGUCGGUCUACUUAUUUUUGUCGAUACUGUGAGGUGUGUAGAGAUGAUUUCCUGACUAAUCCUAUAUCGUGUGGUACCAAAAGAACAGCCCAAUCAUACGCAAGUAAUUUGCAAGAGCAGGAAACUACUGCCACCGACUCUGUAUGCGGCAUAAAGUUUGACUCUCCUUUCAAUCAGCUUUCACAUUUUCAUGUUUGCCAGCCUAGCCUUCCACCGUGUCUAGGCCAUGACUUAUUUGAGGGAGUCAUAGCUUAUGACCUUCCUUUAUAUAUUCGCCAUUUAGUUGAGGAUAAUCAUUUUACAUACCUGCAGUUAAACAGGUGCAAGAACCAGUUCCGAUAUGAAGUUAACGAUGGUAAAGACAAACCAGCAGACCUCUCUCCCAGCAGCGACAAGCUCAGUGGGCAUGCAGUUCAGAACUGGUGUUUGCUUAGACUUCUCCCACUCAUGGUGGGUGACAGGAUUAAAGAUCCCUGCGAAAAUGAGGUGUGGCAAAUGAUUUUGCAGCUGAGGGAGAUUGUUGAGCUCAUCUGUGCACCGGUCAUUACAGAGGGCCAGGUUGCGUAUCUUAAAGUCCUCAUAGAGGAGUACAUAGACAACAGGACAAGGCUUUUCCCCAAUGCCCCCCUCAGACCAAAGCACCAUUAUCUGUGCCACUAUCCAUCUCUUAUCAUCCACUUUGGCCCACUUAUUCGCCUAUGGACACUCCGAUUUGAGAGCAAACAUACAUUUUUUAAACAGUGUGCCAGAAAAUUGCACAAUUUUAAGAAUUUGUGCAAAACUCUAGCAGAGAGGCACCAACUUCUACAAGCGUACUUGAGUGCAGGAAACUUGUUCCCUCCACUUGUACAAGCAGAAAAGGGUACUGAUUUUCAUGUUGAUGAUUACAAUGACAGGAUCAGGGCAUCUGUAGCCAGUUGUCCAUUCCAGUUACAGUCGGCAGUGGCUUCUAACUAUGUUACAGUCAAAGGCACAGAUUACAGAAGGGGGAUGCACAUUUUACUAGAGAACAGUGAUGAAGGGCUUCUUAUUGGGAAGAUUAUGCUAAUUAUUGUUGUUCAUAAUUCGGUCUAUUUUGUCUCAGAGAAACAUACUUUUGUAAAGUUAUGUGACACAGGUGUGUACUGUGACCUAGGAGUGGCCCAAGACAAUUAUGUGUGCAUUAAGCAGGAAGAUCUACUGGACUACUAUCCUCUUUCAGCAUACAAUGUGUAUGAUCAGUCCCUUAUUGCUCUCCACCAUUCUUUUCCAGAGGCAGUAUGAGCAGGGAGGAAAGUGAGGAUACAGGAUAUGUGAGGAGAGAUGCCAAGGAAGCAGUGUUGUCAUACUUGCCUGAUCUCCCUGAUGACCUUCUUACCACCAUGCUGGAUGAGCUUGGGGUCGAGUCUAUUGAAGAUCUGACCUUGGUGGAGGAGAGGGAUCUGGUGAAAUACCUCAAACCUAUCCAAAGUCGGAAGUUAAUGAAGGGCAUCAAGGACGGACUUGCUACUCUUAAUAUGGAGUUGGUCUCUGCUCCUGAUCCAAGUGCUCCAAGUUCCCCAACUCCCUGUUCUCCAAACACAACAUUCCAGCCUCCAAAUCAGCUGUUGCCCAGCCCUCCAAGCACUGCCCCAAGCACGUCAAGCGCUUUACAGUCUGGCAUACCAUGGCAUGUUGACUUUCGUCUCAACUGGGACCAGGUGUCAUCAGCCAUUCGACUUAGAGUGGAAAAAGAAGAAAGACCAUUGCCAGACGAGAGAAGGGCCUUUGUGGCCAUGCUCGUGGACCAAAUGAUGCAGCAUGACCGCAACCCAACCAGAGCCAUGUGCCACAGCGUUGUGAGAAACAUUGUCAGGAGCCAUCCAAAAUCAUUUGGCGACAUUGGCAAGUAUGGUGAUACUGCUGGAGACGGAUGUCACUCUCUUCUGCAACAAGUAAAAACAAGAGUGGAGUAUAAAAAUAGGAAUAAAACUCUUGCUCAACGCCGCAGAAAAAGAAGACCACGCACGGGAAUAGCAGGAGAGGCCAGACUGGCAAGAGGUCCUGUUGACCAAUACGGGUGUGUCAGGUGGGGCCCAGCAGAUUUGCCAGAGGGGGAGACUGAGGCAACGUUGGAGAAUAUAAAGAGGGAUCUGCUGAACAUCUACUCAGAGGAAGGAAUGAGUGGGGCAGAGAGAGCAGAACCAAUGAUGGAAAAGACAUAUGUCAUCCUGCGGAAAUACCUUAACAAAGUGCCUUCUGCAGCAAUGUCUGAGAUCAAACAGGAAUGGCCAUUUCUCUUCUCUCAGAAAUGCCUAUUCUCGCACUUUAACCUUCUGACGGACGUCAAUGUCCUUCAGAAGCUACAGGAGGCAAUUAGUCGACGAGGACAGACCAUCCUGGAUUACUGUGCAACACUGGACAACCCCAAGAUCCGUGAUGUUCUGGCCUGCUAUGAUCCAGACUCUGACAAGGCUGCCUGCAUCCUGCUGCUCCUAAUGUUGUACUUCAGAGAGCCGAAAGAGAGUUUGAUGCUUGAAGUUGAUCCAUGUGCCACUGCUGUGGACGUCAAUACUGCAGAACUCCCCGGCACCCCCUGCUUGAUCAUUCAAGGUGACAUGAUGAAGCCCUCUGGAUGGCUUUUGUCAAUCGAGGGACAUGUCGUGAUGGGCCCACACCCUUUCUUUUUACACGGAGUAGCUGCUUUCUUCAGCAGCUAUUACAUAUUCAACCUUGAGUAUCCUGCCGCUGGAUCUUCAACGCUGGAGUUCAUUCAAAGAUGCUUCCUGGGCAUCAAUCCUGAAAGAGGCUCAAAGACCAAGAAGCGGACAACAAUGAACCCUCAUGUGAGCACCCUUUUGAGGAAACUUAUUGACUUUGAGUGGGCAUCAUAGUUUUUUUUUUUUGCAGCAGCAGCAGUAGUUGUCAGGCUCAGUUUUGAGUAGCCUUGUUCUUUUUGUAAUUUUUCAAGACAACUUUGCACUACAAGAUUUUUACACAAUGCUGUUCCUUGUGGACUCAUUAUAAUGUUUGAGACAGAGAAGAGCACCUGACAUUACUUCAUCGCUCUCUCCCUUGCUCUCUUAUCUUGCCAUGAAGGCCUCAUUCCCAUCCUGUCCAUUACUGUUAUUGUGACACAGCUAGUUGAAUAGUUGAAUUUUGCGACAGGUAGUUGAAUUGCAAGUUUGCACAAUUUCUCUGCAUUUUCUGCAUUUUAAGAUGGCUUUUAUGACUAGAAAGUUGAAUUUGUUGAACUCUUGAGGUUCUUGGCAUCUACUGUACAUUGAAAAAUAUUUUUU